AACACGGCUCCACUUCUUCCUUUCUCUGCGCCGUCAAAAACAACAACAGGCGUCUCUUACCGACACAGCAUUUCAUACACUAUUAUUCUAACCAAACAAAACUACUUAUCUAGAUAAUAUUAGGGUUAACAUCGAUGCAACCAGUUCCAGAGUAGUUACAGUUUUCUUCGUGUUCAUUUAUAGACACGGCGAGGUGUUGAAAAUGAAAAUGAGUUUGGGUUUAGCCGUGAAGCUAAACGUUUAGCAAGAGGCACUGGGGUGUGUUCACAAAUAACAAAACGAUAGACCGGUCAGUGUGGAGAAAAACAACCCAGCUAUAUUAUGGAGUAUCUAGAUUAAGUGUCGGAUCUUACUACAUUACAUUCUGCCCAAAGGACAAAAGGAGAGACAGUCAAACCCAGUUAGUUAUGACCAUGUCGCUGAUCCAGGCCUGCCGCAGUUUGGUCUUAUCUACAUGGCUUUUAUCGUUUUGUUUCGUCCACUUCUUCUGUUUAGAUUUCACCGUGGCCGAGAGAGAGGAGUGGUACACCGCUUUCAUCAAUAUCACCUACAUAGAUCCGAUCACCUCUAUGAUCCGGACGGAGAAGACUGAAUGCGGUCGAUAUGGGGAACAUUCACUGAAACGCGACGCCAAAGGAGUCGUGAUACUUCCAUCUCUUUCCCAGGACUGGCAAGCCUGUGAUCCGGGUACCUUGUUCCCGGUUCCGGUCCAAGGCAGUGCAUGGAUAGCCCUGAUAGCCAGUGGAAACUGCACCUAUAAGGAAAAGAUUCGACAUGCAGCGAACCAAAACGCCUCGGCCAUUGUCAUAUUCAACGUUGGAUCGAGCAACGCCAAUGAUACAAUCACCAUGUCAUAUUCAGGUAUGGGUGAUGUGGUCGCCGUCAUGAUCCCAGAACCUAAAGGUCGCGAGGUCGCCGCUCUGCUGGAGCGGAACGUCACGGUAACCAUGCACAUCACCAUAGGAACGCGUAAUCUCCAGAAGUACGUGAGCAGGACGUCGGUGGUGUUCGUCUCCAUCUCCUUCAUCAUCCUGAUGAUCAUCUCUCUGGCCUGGCUCGUCUUCUACUAUAUACAGAGGUUCAGAUACGCCAACGCACGAGACCGUAACCUGAGGCGUCUGGGAGAUGCAGCUAAGAAGGCCAUCAGUAAGCUGCAGGUCAGGACCAUCAGGAAGGGAGACGGGGAGACGGAGUCAGACUUUGAUAACUGUGCCGUGUGUAUCGAGGGUUACAAGCCAAACGACGUGGUCAGGAUACUACCCUGCAGACACCUUUUCCAUAAGAACUGCGUGGACCCCUGGCUGCUGGACCACAGGACCUGUCCCAUGUGCAAGAUGAACAUCCUCAAAGCCCUGGGCAUCGCUUUAAAUGCAGACUGUCUGGAUGACGUGCCAUUGGACUAUGAGAUGAUGAGUGUGGGUGGUGGUGGUGGGGGGGUCGGGGUUCUGGGCCUAGAGGCUGUGGUGUCGGGAGGGUCCAGCGACGGGACCCUCAGUGAGGGGGGGUCGGUGGUUCUAGACCCGGGGGUGCGGAGGGUGGGGCUCCCCCAAGAUUACCACGACCCAGACCCUCUGAGGGAUAGUCCCAUUACUGCUACUACUGAUACCCACACAGGUAAGACUACCGACACGCAGGUGAGCCUACCGACACGCAACUAUCGACACGCAGGUGAGCCUACCGACACGCAACUACCGACACGCAGGCGAGCUUACCGACACGCAACUACCGACACGCAGGUGAGCCUACCGACACGCAACUACCGACACGCAGGUGAGCCUACCGACACGCAACUACCGACACGCAACUACCGACACGCAGGCGAGCUCACCAACACGCAACUACCGACACGCAGGUGAGCCUACCGACACGCAACUACCGACACGCAACUACCGACACGCAGGCGAGCCUACCGACACGCAGGCGAGCUUACCGACACGCAACUACCGACACGCAACUACCGACACGCAGGUGAGCCUACCGACACGCAACUACCGACACGCAACUACCGACACGCAACUACCGACACGCAGGUGAGCCUACCGGCACGCAACUACCGACACGCAGAUGAGCCUACCGGCACGCAACUACCGACACGCAGGUGAGCCUACCGACAUGCAGGUGAGCCUACCGACACGCAACUACCGACACGCAACUACCGACACGCAGGUGAGCCUACCGACACGCAACUACCGACACGCAGGUGAGCCUACCGACACGCAACUACCGACACGCAGGUGAGCCUACCGACACGCAGGUGAGCCUACCGACACGCAGGUGAGCCUACCGACACGCAACUACCGACACGCAACUACUGACAUGCAGGUGAGCCUACCGACACGCAACUACCGACACGCAACUACCGACACGCAGGUGAUCCUACCGACACGCAACUACCGACACGCAGUUGAGCCUACCGACACGCAACUACCGACACGCAACUACCGACACGCAACUACCGACACGCAACUACCGACACGCAGGUGAGCCUACCGACACGCAGCUACCGACACGCAACUACCGACACGCAGGCGAGCUUACCAACACGCAACUACCGACACGCAGGUGAGCCUACCGACACGCAACUACCGACACGCAGGCGAGCCUACCAACACGGAACUACCGAUACGCAGGUGAGCCUACCGACACGCAACUACCGACACGCAGGUGAGCCUACCGACACGCAACUACCGACACGUGGGCGAGCUUACCGACACGCAACUACCGACACGCAGACGAGCCUACCGACACGCAACUACCGACACGCAGGCGAGCCUACCGACACGCAACUACCGACACGCAGGCGAGACUACCGACACGCAGGUGAGCCUACCGACACGCUGCUACCGACACGCAACUACCGACACACAGGUGAGCCUACCGACACGCAACUACCGACACGCAACUACCGACACGCAACUACCGACACGCAACUACCGACACGCAACUACCGACACGCAGGCGAGCCUAGCGACACGCAGCUACCGACACGCAACUACCGACACGCAGGCGAGACUACCGACAAGCAGGUGAGCCUCACCGACACGCAACUACCGAGACGCAGGCGAGCCUACCGACACGCAACUACCGAGACGCAGGCGAGCCUACCGACACGCAACUACCGAGACGCAGGCGAGCCUACCGACACGCAACUACCGAGACGCAGGCGAGCCUACCGACACGCAACUACCGACACGCAACUACCGACACGCAGGCGAGCCUCACCGACACGCAACUACCGACACGCAGAAGAGCCUACCGACACGCAACUACCGACACGCAGACGAGCCUACCGACACGCAACUACCGACACGCAGGCGAGCCUACCGACACGCAACUACCGACACGCAGGCGAGCCUACCGACACGCAACUACCGACACGCAGGCGAGCCUACCGACACGCAACUACCGACACGCAGACGAGCCUACCGACACGCAACUACCGACACGCAGGCGAGCCUACCGACACGCAGGCGAGACUACCGACACGCAGACGAGCCUGCCGACACGCAGACGAGCCUACCGACACGCAACUACCGACACGCAGGCGAGCCUACCGACACGCAACUACCGACACGCAGACGAGCCUACCGAUACGCAACUACCGACACGCAGGCGAGCCUACCGACACGCAGGCGAGCCUACCGACACGCAGGCGAGCCUACCGACACGCAGGCGAGACUGCCGACACGCAGACGAGCCUGCCGACCCGCAGGCGAGACUACCGACACGCAGACGAGCCUGCCGACCCGCAGGCGAGACUACCGACACGCAGACGAGCCUGCCGACCCGCAGGCGAGACUACCGACACCCAGGCGAGCCUACCGACACGCAGACGAGCCUGCCGACACGCAGGCGAGACUACGACACGCAGACGAGCCUACCGAGACGCAGGCGAGCCUACCGACACGCAACUACCGAGACGCAGGCGAGACUACCGACACGCAGACGAGCCUGCUGAGACGCAGCUACCGACACGCAACUAGUGACACGCAGGCGAGACUACCGACACGCAACUACCGACACGCAGCUACCGACACGCAACUACCGACACACAACUACCGACACGCAACUAGUGACACGCAGGCGAGACUACCGACACGCAGCUAGUGACACUCAACUACCGAGACUAGCGACACGCGGGCGAGGCGAGACUGCCGACACGCAGGCGAGACUGCCGACACGCAGCUACCGACACGCAACUACCGACACACAACUACCGACACGCAACUAGUGACACGCAGGCGAGACUACCGACACGCAGCUAGUGACACUCAACUACCGAGACUAGCGACACGCGGGCGAGGCGAGACUGCCGACACGCAGGCGAGACUGCCGACACGCAGCUACCGACACGCAACUAGUGACACACAGGCGAGACUACCGACACGCAACUACCGACACGCAACUACUGACACGCAAUUAGUGACACGCAGGCGAGACUACCGACACGCAGCUAGUGACACGCAACUACCGAGACUAGCGACACGCGGGCGAGACUAGAGACACGCAGCUACCGACACGUGGGCGAGACUAGCGACACGCAGCUACCGACACGUGGGCGAGACUCACCGACACGCAACUACCGACACGCAGAAGAGCCUACCGACACGCAACUACCGACACGCAGACGAGCCUACCGACACGCAACUACCGACACGCAGGCGAGCCUACCGACACGCAACUACCGACACGCAGGCGAGCCUACCGACACGCAACUACCGACACGCAGGCGAGCCUACCGACACGCAACUACCGACACGCAGACGAGCCUACCGACACGCAACUACCGACACGCAGGCGAGCCUACCGACACGCAGGCGAGACUACCGACACGCAGACGAGCCUGCCGACACGCAGACGAGCCUACCGACACGCAACUACCGACACGCAGGCGAGCCUACCGACACGCAACUACCGACACGCAGACGAGCCUACCGAUACGCAACUACCGACACGCAGGCGAGCCUACCGACACGCAGGCGAGCCUACCGACACGCAGGCGAGCCUACCGACACGCAGGCGAGCCUACCGACACGCAGGCGAGACUGCCGACACGCAGACGAGCCUGCCGACCUGCAGGCGAGACUACCGACACGCAGACGAGCCUGCCGACCCGCAGGCGAGACUACCGACACGCAGACGAGCCUGCCGACCCGCAGGCGAGACUACCGACACGCAGGCGAGCCUACCGACACGCAGACGAGCCUGCCGACACGCAGGCGAGACUACGACACGCAGACGAGCCUACCGACACGCAACUACCGAGACGCAGGCGAGACUAACGACACGCAGACGAGCCUGCUGAGACGCAGCUACCGACACGCAACUAGUGACACGCAGGCGAGACUACCGACACGCAACUACCGACACGCAGCUACCGACAUGCAACUACCGACACACAACUACCGACACGCAACUAGUGACACGCAGGCGAGACUACCGACACGCAGCUAGUGACACUCAACUACCGAGACUAGCGACACGCGGGCGAGGCGAGACUGCCGACACGCAGGCGAGACUGCCGACACGCAGCUACCGACACGCAACUACCGACACACAACUACCGACACGCAACUAGUGACACGCAGGCGAGACUACCGACACGCAGCUAGUGACACUCAACUACCGAGACUAGCGACACGCGGGCGAGGCGAGACUGCCGACACGCAGGCGAGACUGCCGACACGCAGCUACCGACACGCAACUAGUGACACACAGGCGAGACUACCGACACGCAACUACCGACACGCAACUACUGACACGCAAUUAGUGACACGCAGGCGAGCCUACCGACACACAGCUAGUGACACGCAACUACCGAGACUAGCGACACGCGGGCGAGACUAGAGACACGCAGCUACCGACACGUGGGCGAGACUAGCGACACGCAGCUACCGACACGUGGGCGAGACUAGCGACACGCAGCUACCGACACGCGGACGAGACUAGCGACACGCAGCUACCGACACGCGGACGAGACUAGCGACACGCAGCUACCGACACGCAGACGAGACUAGCGACACGCAGCUACCGACACGCGGGCGAGACUAGUGGCAGGCGGGCGAGACUAGCGGCAGGCGGGCGAGACUAGCGGCACUCAUAGUGCCACCUGGUGGCAGCUUUAAUGAAUUGCAUCUUCACCUAUCCCUCUCUCUCUCAUCCCUCUCGCUCUCUCUGUCUCUCUCUCUAUUCCCUCAACUACCGACACGCAACUAGUGACACGCAGGCGAGACUACCGACACGCAGCUAGUGACACGCAACUACCGAGACUAGCGACACGCGGGCGAGGCUAGCGACACGCAGCUACCGACACGUGGGCGAGACUAGCGACACGCAGCUACCGACACGUGGGCGAGACUAGCGACACGCAGCUACCGACACGCGGACGAGACUAGCUACACGCAGCUACCGACACGCGGACGAGACUAGCGACACGCAGCUACCGACACGCGGGCGAGACUAGCGGCAGGCGGGCGAGACUAGCGGCAGGCGGGCGA